ACACUUAAAACCCUAACAAAUUAUUGUAAAGCAGCAUUGCAGAGAGAUAGAUGGUGAAGAAUAUGAGCGAAGCGGCGGCCGCGGCAUCGGCAUCUUCAUGCGGAGUGCGUUCCGAAACCGUGGAGAAAGCAGUGAAUGCUCUGCUGAAAUGGAGAGAUUCUCAGUCCCAUUCCCAAAAGCCCCAACUUCUCGAGCAAGAUGAAUUGCUCUAUCUGAUUGUCAGUCUCAAGAAAAUUCCUCAAAAGCCCCGCGUUAAUCCUCACAAAGUGCCUCUUCCUCACCCGCUCAUCGAUCCCUCUACGGAUCCCGCCGAGCUUUGCUUGGUCAUCGAUGACCGCUCCAAGUCAGGCCUCACCAAAGACGCUGCUUCCAAGAAAAUUAAGUCCGAAAACAUACCCAUCAGUAAGGUGAUCAAGCUGUCCAAGCUCAAAACGGAUUAUCGGGCCUUCGAGGCCAAGAGAAAGCUUUGCGAUUCCUACGACAUGUUUUUCGCGGAUAAGAGGAUUCUCCCGCUUCUGCCUCGGCUAUUGGGGAAGCAGUUUUUCAAAAAGAAGAAGAUUCCAGUGCCAGUGGACCUCAAGCACAAUAACUGGAAGGAGCAGAUUCAUAAGGGUUAUGCCUCUGCUCUGUUGUUCUUGAGUACCGGGACUUGCAGCGUGGUGAAGGUGGGGAAGCUUUCGAUGGAUAAGAAGGAGAUUGUUGACAAUGUGACAGCUGCUAUUCAUGGUAUUGCAGAGAUUGUGCCCAGCAAGUGGGGCAACAUCAGGUCGUUUCAUUUGAAGUUGCUUGACAGCUUGGCGCUCCCUCUUUAUCAGGCUGUGCCUGAUCUGCGCUUGAAGAUUCUGGCUGAAGCUGAUAACCCUUCUAAGGAAGUCUUGGAGGAAAAACAAGAAGAAGAAGAUGCUUCUCAUCAAAAGAAGAAGAAACACAAGAAAAGCAAGGGGAGGAUACACGAGGUUCAAUACAUGGAUGAAAAUAGCAAUGACACAGACUCUGGGGCUAAGAGAAAAGAUGAAAACAAAACUGACAAUGUCUUGAACAAGAAAAACAAGACUGCACUAAAAAAGUUAAGCGCUAAUGACAUCAAUACCAGCGAUAGGAAAAAGAAGAAAACUCUAUCAGCACAAUGAUUUGUCUUACUCAACACUACAGAGUAAACUAGGUUGUCAGUGGUGUUUUACAGCACAAUCAUUUAUUUUUGUCAUGUGGCAUCAGAUUUAGCUUUCAAUUUUGGUGUGAUCUUUGUCUUUUGAUGGUCUAUGUUAUUGUAUGAAUAUUCAAACAGUUUAUGUAUCUUGAUCAUGGAGACGCAACAGAAUGUUACUUUAUUGUUUCUGCAUCU